AUGUCUUGCUGGCGCGUCUUAGAGCUGUCCGAGCAGCCAGAUGGCGAGCAUAUCCCGCAACUACUCGUCAAACCAGUCUUCAAUUUGGAUUCGUAUAUCAUCUAUGUUACCGACCUGAGUAACAUAUGGAGUGAAGAGCUAGAUCUCCAGGGUAUAGUGGACCGAGCUUCUCGAGAGCAAUCACCAAUCGAAGUCAGCAAACAAGACACCACGCAGCUCGCCAUCCUCCUCGACAAUGUCAAGAAACCCCUGGAGAGCUCCAAAAAUAGUACCUGCCACAUCACCCGCAGUGGUGAAGAUGUUGUUAUUCUGCAUACCACCAUCACGCUACCAGAGCCACUCGAAUCGUUGACCUGGAAGUUUCAUCUAGGGAAGCGCUCGUCGAUCAUCCUCAAAAACGAACUCAUUCUUCCGCUUCUCGUAUCUUCGCAUAUUCAGCAUGGGCGCAUCACUGCCCUCGUUUCAGUAAUUGCUGACAAAGAUAAAGCAAUCACUCGCCUAGUAAAUCAAUACGAAUCCAGCAACCUGGACUUGGCUGCAGCCUUCCCCAGCGUCGGUGGUUUGAAGGUGGGAAGGAAGGGCAUCAAACGUGAGCAAGCCGCUAAGCACGUUCCCGCACUUCAGCCCUUUCGAGAAGUAGCAUGGAGGGAAGAGACAGGACAGUUGGAAGAGUCCGACGUCACUACGCUAGGGUUGUUCCAGGAAGCACUAGCGCAGAGCACGCCGAAAGUACCCUCACAGUUGAAGUCUGAAGACCGUGAGAAUUCGUGGUGGAGUGCAGUACCGGUCCGGUUGAGUCUAUCCAAAUCUACGUCGAAAGGCAAAGAGAAGAAGGCCACGCUUGCAGCAAAACCGAACAAUAUAAUUGUUGAUUCGAGUGAGGAAGAGACCGAAGACGAGUUCGAUACACACGAAAACUUCAAAACAAGAAACAUUCCGAGCAGAACGGUAAAAGCACCAGAACCCAUACCUUCCUUGGUUCAAAACGAACAAGAUGGAGACGAUCUUGAUAGUACCGAAGAUGAUGGGGAUCUUGACGCACCACCGAAGAGUCAAAGUCAGAGUCAGACGACCCGCAGGCCUCCACCGCGCGCAAAAUCACCAACAUCAGAAGCUUCUUCACCGGGGGGCAGUCCGCGUGCUGUGAAAUCAAAGGGUAAAGCUUUUCGAAUAGGUGGAAAGACAAAGAACACAAAGCCCGUGUCUCCAAUUCCAGAUGCAGAGACUCCUCCAGUCAAAGAUGACGUGCCUUCGUCACCUCAGAUUGAUCCACAAGCAAACAUGACACCUAAAAAGGCGAGACCGGCAUUCAGAAUUGGGGGAAAAGGAAAAGCCCUUCAGGAUGAUUCGCAACGCACGGUUCCAGAUUCAACAGAGAUGAAUAGCAUGAGAGCGAUACGGUCUCCGAUAGCUGGGCCCUCUUCAUCACCACGGCCUGUCAGGGCUGUGAAGGAGGAAACGCCAGUCGAAGAGGUGCAUGAAGAAACUCCAGAAGAAAAGGCAGAAAGGAAACGAGCCGAGCUGAAGCGUAAAAAUGAAGAAGCGGCAAAGAAGCAGGCUCAACAUAAGAAGAAAAGGCGCUUUUGA